CGUCGUUGGACAGGACACUGCCAUUAUCCAAAUCAUCAGCAGCUGCUCAUGAGCCACAUCGACGUCUACAUUAAUGACCUCCUCUUGGAUGGUCUCCUGGACUAUGUAUCAUGCGACUCCAUCAGCGACGACUCCCUCGACGGUGCCUUUGCAACGGACUCGUCCGGCAUCGAAGACACGUGGAAGGAAGAGUUGCCAGCGAGUGCCAUGAAAUCGGAAACUCCCGACUCGGCUGACAAGACCACCAAAUACUUGGAGAAGCUCUACUCGAUGCUGGAGCAAUGCCCCGAACACAUUGCCGCGUGGACCCAGAACGGCACGUCGUUUGCCAUCUACAACUCGGACGCGUUGGAGAAGACCAUCAUCCCGCGCUUCUUCAAGCCCAUCAAGUUUGAAAGCUUUUCGCGCCAACUCAACUCGUACGGGUUCCGCAAAUCCAAGGUCGUCGUGAGCGACGUCGUCGUGUUUGAGUUCAAGCACGCCAACUUUGUCCGCGGCAAGUCGGACCAACUCCUGUCGAUCAAGCGCCGACGCCGCGUCAAGCGAAGCGCCACCAAGUCUGUGGACGACAUGAACGACGACGAACUGCGCUCGGCCAUGACCGACUUGAUGGGGUUCGUGCAGUCGCUCAAACAAGAGCUGUCGGAAACCAAGGCCCUCGUACAAUCCCUUGCCAAGGGUGCCAACGUCGUCGUGCUGUGAUGGAGGGAUCAUCGAUGUUAGAGUUAGGGACGUAUUUAACAGUUAACUGUAAGCUAGUAUUUCAAGACACAAUUCAUCUAUGUAUCGAUAGAUGAAUGAUGAAUCAACCAAUAAAAAUAGGUGACAAUGGAUUGAAUUGAUCUGGUG